UUUUGUAGCCGAUGGUUUUACAUAUUUUAUUCAGUCCGCAAAAUGCAGCACUGACGCGGACCUGCAGACUUCCGCCAUCCAAUACGUCAAAAGCAGCGUGAUAGCGUCACGCGAAGACGCCUGAUCACGUAACGCGCAGGGAGCGCACUAUCUAGCGAAGCACUGCAGGUGCGACAGCUGUUGUGCGGUGAUGAUGUAAUGUUGCUACGGAUGGCGGUGUGUGCCAGGCUCUGCGGAGUGGGUCAGUCGCGGCGGUGCAGGCGGCGGCAGAGGCACAGCCAGGCGGAUCAAGAGAGCGACUCUGAGAUGGACAUGGACGAGGAGAAGGAGGAGGAGAGGGUCGUGGGCAAAAUGAAAGACGACCCUGAUGGCAGCAGCUGUCACAAGACCUGCGGUGCGGGGCCUAGCGGAGCCGGUGCUAGUGGGGUCACUGGACUCGGAUGCAGAGGCUCGGGCUCGGCCUGUACGGGGCCACCCCGUCCGCAGACACUGCUGGAUUUACCACCGGAGCUUUUAGUUGAGAUCUUCGCUUCUUUACCCGGCACGGCGCUGCCGAAUCUGGCGCUGGUGUGCAAGAAAUUCAGGCAGAUCCUGAACACGGAAACAAUCUGGAGAAGAAGAUGUACAGAGGAAUUUGGUAUGAAAGAUGACCUACGCAAGAUGGAGAUUGUGGGCAUGUCAAGCCGAGAACUAUAUGUCAAACUGCUAUAUCCAUAUAGACACAUCCUUGGUCUCUGGCAGCCUGAUAUAGGGCCCUAUGGAGGACUACUGAAUGUGGUGGUUGAUGGGCUAUUCAUUAUAGGCUGGAUGUAUUUACCUCCCCAUGAUCCCCGUGUGGAGGACCCCAUGCGUAGACGGCCUCUAUUCCGCAUUCAUAUGUGGGAGAAAAAUAAAGCUACAAUAGAAUGUAUGUACGGCCAUAAGGGCCCUCAUAAAGGAGACAUUCAGACUGUGAAAAAGGAUGAAUUUUCCACCAAAUGCAACCAGACAGAUCACCAUCGUAUGCCUGGAGGAAGGCAAGAGGAGUUCAGAACAUGGUUAGAGGAGGAAUGGGGAAGAACGUUAGAGGACAUUUUCCAUGAGCACAUGCAGGAGUUGAUCCUCAUGAAGUUUAUUUACACCAGCCAGUAUGAUAAUUGCCUGACAUAUCGGCGGAUAUAUCUGCCCCCGUGCCUCCCUUCAGACCUCAUGCAGCCGGGCCUCUUUAAAGGGACGUAUGGCAGUCAUGGCCUGGAGAUUAUAAUGCUGAGCUUCCAUGGCUCCAAGGCUAAAGCCACCAAACUUACUGGGGAUCCCAAUGUCCCAGCAGGUCAAUUGACAUUAGAAAUUGACCUGAACCAUCCUGUGCGUCUGCCUGACCUGGAGCAGCAAAGGAACAUGGAAGAACUGUCUCGCCUGGUGCUGGGGGUGCAUGAAGAGGCCCAGAGGGGUUCGCAGGGCCAGGACGCAUCAUCAGAGGGUGCAGAAGCUGGCCCUGCUCAGGGGGCUGAGGGCUCAGAUGUAGCUCCCCCUGCUGGAGCAGAUGAUGUUGAGCCUAGAGCUGGUGCCUGCAGUGCCCCACCUGAACUGCAACCUUUUGUGCUGCCUCUGGGAGUCAUGGCCCGCAAUGAAGUGUACCCCCGCACCUGUAAGAUGUGUUUUUAUGGGACAGGCCUGAUUGCUGGCCACGGCUUUACGAGCCCAGAGCGUACGCCGGGUCUUUUUGUUGUGUUUGAUGAUGACCGUUUUGGCUUCAUCUGGCUGGAGCUCAAGUCCUUCAGUCUGUAUAGCCGACUGACAGACCAACUAUCCCACGCUCAGGCCCCCAGCAUGGAGCGCUUCGAGGCCAUGCUCCGCAACAUGCAGUCCUGGACAUCCUGAUAGCAACCUCGCUACUGCACUACACUGUUUUCAUCAGGCACAUAAUACUAUGGUAUUCAGAUUAUGUUCUUUAAGAUACCCCACACACAACCAUCAGGGACCUCCCUGUUGAUGCACUCACACACACACAUUAGAGAUGGGCAUUUUAGUCAUUUUGUGUACUUGAGUACUCGAAAGAUGAAUUAACAAAGUGGCAUCUCUCUGAUCUUUUUUUUUUUUUUUUUUGUGGGUGGGGGGGGAGGAUUUUUUCCCCUUUUUCUCCCAAUUUGGAAUGCCCAAUUCCCAAAGUCCUCGUGGUCGCAUAGUGAUUCGCCUCAGUCCGGGUGGCGGAGGUUGCCUCCGCGUCUGAGACAGUCAACCCGCGCAUCUUAUCACGUGGCUUGUUGAGCGCGUUGCCACAGAGACAUAGCGCGUGUGGAGGCUUCACACCAUCCACCGCGGCAACCACGCUCAAUUCACCAUGCGCCCCACCGAGAACAAACCACAUUAUAGCAACCACAAGGAGGUUACCCCAUGUGACUCUACCUUCCCUAGCAACCGGGCCAAUUUGGUUGCUUACGAGACCUGGCUGGAGUCACUCAGCACGCCCUGGAUUCGAACUAGCGAACUCCAGGGGUGGUAGCCAGCGUAUUUUACCACUGAGCUACCCAGGCCCCGAUUGCAUCUCUCAGAUUACAGUAAUUAUCUUAAACUUAAAAGUAAAACUUUUUAAUGAGGGAAAGGUUACUGAGUUCAUAAGAUUGUAUGACCGUAUAUUUCACUAUGUAACAAAAUGUUUGUUCCUGGGUAGUAAGUGAUAUUUUCCUAAUUGCUUAUGCCUCAA